AUGGAAACCCUGGUUCUGAUACCUCAGGAGUUAAGCCUGGCAUUACGGCCAGGGGGUGCUAGGGGGAAAGAGGCGUCUGUAAGCGUAUGGACAUCAACAGAGAUUCAAAGGGGUGCUUUAUUGUACCCCUUCCAAGGGACGAUAAGGAUCGACAAGCUACACGUCUACUCUUACGUCCCAGACCACGAUGUACGACAUCGGUUUGGUUUGUUUGACGAAGUCUGCACCUCAGGAGGAGUGCAAGUUAGACAUUGUAAUUGGGUUCGAUUUUUGCGAGUCUCAGAAAACUAUGGACCUCAAGUAAAUUUAAUCUGCACAAAAGUUAAAGGCGAGCCGGUAUAUGAAGCGGUGAAGCCAGUUUCCGCACACACAGAGCUGGUGGUCUACUACCUUCCUGAAAGACCUGAGGAGUUGUUUUUCGUGAGGAUGAGAAAUAAUUUGUACAGACAGACGAUGGACUCUAUAUUAGAGGAUUCACCAUUAGACCUUUCUACAUCCCUUCUAUCUCGAGUCCUUCUCCCUAUAUCUCCUCCGUCUGGUGCAGAAGAUGAACAUAAAUCAGUAUCCGGUGAUUCAUUGACUUCAUCAUCAGCGGGAUCAUCAAAUGAAUUGCUAGAAAUGACACCUAAAAUCCAAAGAAGGCCAGCAAAAUCCGAACGUGCUUUGUUACCAUGUGAAGUAUGUGGAAAGGCAUUUGACAGGCCGUCAUUAUUAAAGCGGCAUAUGAGAACGCACACUGGUGAAAAACCCCACGUCUGCAUGGUGUGUAACAAAGGGUUUAGUACAUCGAGCAGUUUAAACACACAUAGGCGGAUCCACUCGGGAGAGAAACCUCAUCAAUGUCAGCACUGCGGGAAAAGGUUUACUGCCAGCUCGAAUCUAUAUUAUCAUCGGAUGACGCAUAUAAAGGAAAAACCACAUAAAUGCAGUCUCUGCUCCAAAUCGUUUCCAACACCAGGCGACCUGAAGUCUCAUAUGUACGUGCACAGCGGAUCGUGGCCUUACAAGUGCCAUAUCUGUUCUAGAGGCUUCUCAAAACAUACAAAUCUGAAGAAUCACCUAUUUUUGCAUACCGCCAAACACCAACGUAACAGUGCGAGAGAUGCCACC